UCAUUGUGUUAUAAACACUUUUUUCUUCAUAUAUCUAUCUCAUUUUUCAAUAAUAAUAAUGAUGAAAUCUUUUUUCAUAUCUAUUUUAACCUGUUGGCUAAUCAUAUCGGCCAAUGGUAAAUAUUUGACCAAAGUUUCACAAACCGACAAUGAUAAUGAUGUCUAUCAGAUUGGUUUCGGUAUCGGUGAUAUUACCGGACCAGCAGCUGAAAUUAAUAUGAUGGGCUAUGCAAAAUUGGGUCAAAAUACACGUGGUAUUCAUCUAAGGCUUUAUUCACGUGCAAUGGUUGUUGCCGAUCAAUCGGGCACACGUGUUGCAUAUGUUAAUGUUGAUCUUUGUGGUUCAGCACAAAUAUUGAAAAUAUUAGUGGUUGAAGAAUUACAGAAAAUCUAUGGUAAUGAUGUUUAUACACAUGAAAAUGUUCUUAUUUCUGCAACGCAUACACAUGCUGGACCUGGUGGUUAUUUCCAAUAUCUUUUGUAUAUUGUAACCACUGAAGGUUAUAUUAAAGAAUCAACACAUGCUAUCGUAUCCGGUGUUGUCAAGUCAAUCAGAGAUGCACAUGAUAAUAUGGAACCCGGACAUAUGUACUAUACGGAAGGAACAUUAACCAAUGCAAGUUCCAAUCGUAGUCCGGCAUCAUAUCUUCAAAAUCCGGAAGAAGAACGUGCCCAAUAUGAACAUAAUACGGAUAAAACAUUUCAAUUAUUGAAAUUCACCGAUUUGAAUGGUAAACCAAUCGGUAUGGUUAAUUGGUUUGCUGUACACGGUGUCAGUAUGAACAAUACAAAUAAAUUGAUUAGCAGUGAUAAUAAAGGCUAUGCAGCCAUAACGUUUGAACAAGAUUUCAAUGGAUAUACAAAUGUUGGUAAAGGACCAUUUGUAGCCAUAUUUGGUCAAUCAAAUGAAGGCGAUUCAACACCAAAUAUUAUGGGUGCACGUUGUCUGGAUACCGGUAAACCAUGUGAUUUUGUACACAGUACAUGUAAUGGAAAGAAUGAAUUAUGUGUUGCAUUUGGACCUGGUAAAGAUAUGUUUGAAAGCACUAAAAUCAUCGGUGAAAGACAAUAUUUGAAAGCAAAAGAAUUGUUUGAAAAAGCAAAUGAAACAAUCAAAGGUGAUGUACAUUUUGUUUAUCAAAAUAUUGAUAUGGCUAAACAAACGGUUACGUUGGAUGAUGGUCGUGAGGUGAAAACCUGUCCAGCUGCAUUAGGUUUUUCAUUCGCCGCUGGAACCACCGAUGGUGAAGGUGCAGCUAUAUUUCAUCAAGGAACCAAAAAAGGAGAAGAGAAUAAAUUCUUUGAUUUUAUUCGUGAUUUUAUCUUACAUCCAUCGAAAGAAUUAUUGGAAUGUCAAGCACCAAAAGCUAUUUUAUUACCAGUUGGUGAAAUGAAAUUUCCAUAUGAAUGGGCACCAGAAUUGAUGCCAACACAAAUGUUUGAGAUUGGAAAUUUAGUCAUUGUUGGAUUACCAGGAGAAUUCACAACAAUGUCUGGUCGUCGUAUUCGUAAUGAUAUUCGAAAAAUUUAUGCCGAUCAUGGAAGAGAUGUACAUGUUAUUCUUUCUGGUUUGGCUAAUACUUAUUCAAAUUAUAUAACAACACCUGAAGAAUAUGAAUUUCAACGUUAUGAAGGUGGUUCAACUUUGUUUGGUCCACAUACAUUAGAUGCUUAUCGACAACAAUUUAGAUAUUUGGCUAAACAAAUGCUUUCACGUGAAAAGAUUUCAUCACCUGGACCAAAAUUUCCUAAUUUAUUGAAAAAAGAAAUCACUUUAAAACCGGGUGUCGUUUAUGAUGCAGCCAUUCGACAUCAUUUUGGUGAUGCAAUCGUGCAACCAAAAGAAACAUAUCAUGCUGGUGAACGUGUUGAAGUGAAAUUUUGUGCAGCUAAUCCACGUAAUAAUUUAAAAUUGGAAAAAACCUACCUAACUGUUGAACGAUAUGAAAAUGAUGAAUGGAUUGUCGUUGCAACGGAUGCAAAUUGGGAAACAAUGUUCAUUUGGAAUCGUGAUAGCGUUCUUCUUGGUACGAGUGAUGCAACCGUUUUGUGGGAUAUUCCAUUGGAUACAAAACCCGGUCUUUAUCGUAUACGAUAUUUUGGUGAUCAUAAAAAUAUUAUCGGUAAAAUUCAAGAAUUCGAAGGUGCAAGUCGAGAAUUCAAAGUGAAUGAAUUGCCAUCUUUUUAAUAAUAAUUGAAACGGAUUUUUUUUUCUCGUUGAUUGUCACAAGUGCCAUAAAUUAUUUUUUUUCAAAAC